AUGGUCAAUUUCCUCCAACCCUCGGAACUAGAACGUCGUCUCCUACGGUGGACAAGCUCCUCAUACGUCCCUCGUUACCCAUUCUUCGACACUCCCACCCCAGGAUCCGGCACUCCGAGCUCCGUAUCUCCUGUCUCACCAAAUAGAAGUGUCGAAGACCUGGGACGGUGGUUCAACGACGUCGAGCUUGCGUCGAGUGAUUGUGACGUACCGAUGGAGCAGUAUCCUGAUGUCGCCAUGUAUUUCUUGAAGGGAGACUUGAAGGAGGUCAUGAAGGAACGGAAGGAUGCGUACCUCAAGCAGACGAAGAGGCACUUUUGGGAUUGGAGGGACUUUAAGGAAGAUUUGAAGAGGCUUGUUGUUGAGGCAGCAAAGAUCGUCUCCGCUGCACCAAGCAUGUCGAAUAUUGCGAGCGAUACGAUGCAGCAAUUACGACUCGCACAUCCGUAUAUUGCAUCUUCAGUGAAGUUGGGCUUGAUCGUCGGCGGGACGGCAGUCCUCCUUCCGAUGUUGGGAUCAAUGACCUGGAGGAAGCUUAAUCCACCUGUACUUAAUGCACCACAGUAG